GGAUGAGCUGGGAAUCGAACCGUGGUCUUCGGAGACGUAGCCCAACACUCAAACCACUACAUCACUGUGGGUCUCAAUAUAUAUACUGAGGACAGUUAAACUGGUCCCAAACCGGAUCAGUUCUGCAGUGCAGAUGCAGCCUGGGUUUCUUUCUUUUGUUUCAACCUCUUUCUCAAAGGGGAAUUUUUGCAGCCGCAUUUCCUGCCUCUGCAGAAACUUCAUUUCUCUUUCUCUCUCUGAAUCUGAAAAGGGUUUGGGUUUUGUUUUUAUUAACAAAAUUCAGCACCAGGGCAGAGGAAAAGCAAGAGGAGGAGAAGGCUGGGAAGAGGGAGAGAGGCUCAGCAAAGGCAGCCUCCUUUCCCUUUUGUUGCAAAGGAGAGCAGAAAAAGCAGAGUGCAGCAGGGCGUUUGCACAACAUCUGCAGCAGAUGCGGCAUGGCUGAGAGAUGCGGCAGUGGAAGCCAAGAAACCGGGGUCCCCCCUCCAUCAUCUUCUGCUGAGGAAGGGAACAAGGUGACUUUGGGGGACCCACAGAGCCCUGGCCAGGCCUUGCCGGAGUCCCAAUGGCCUUGCAGUCGAUGCAAAGAAGAGAUGGAGGAAGGAUGCUUGCAAAGCCAGGAUUGCAGCGCUUGCCUGCCUUUGAUUGCAAGAAACAAUCACAACCCAGUUUCUCAGAGCUGCAAGGAGGAGGAGAACUCAGGCAACCUAGACGCACAAAGCUUAUUGGUUGCAAAGGCUUUGAGUGAUGCUGCCAUUCCCAAGGAGAUAUCGGGAUACGCUGUGCAUUGCGGGAUCCCGGGAUGCAGGUGGAUGACAUUACCAAAGAAUCUGGAAAAUCUUACAGUGGUGUCCACAAGGGAGGAAGCCUGUCGCUUUUCCAGGAUCGGAUGCUCCUUCAAGGGGACCACGGAAGACAGAAAAGUGCAUGAAGCAGAUGCCACCGGGCUCCAUUUAAAGCUGCUUCUCAAACAUGUGAAGCAACUAAAGGCACAAUUGUGCCCCACAGACGAUGGGGUGAACACUUGGCUGACGGACGCCAAGGUUUUAACCAGCAUCUGUUUUGAUGUCAUGCCUGAGAGGCCUUUGAAACCGGACUCUCUUUCUGAUUUGCCUUUGUAUGAAGAGGAGACACACCGGCAAAUGCCUUUGAGGAGGGCACAGAGGGUCUCUUUACUGGAAAGUAAGCUGCAGGUGUUUGAAAACAUUGCGUCCGUCCUGAGCAAAGAGAUGGCCACUUCUCGCCAGAAGUUUGUGGCCCUUCGGGGACAGAGGGGUCUUGACCAGGAUAUGAUCCGUGGCCUCGAAUUGAAGGAACAAACUCUGCCUCCUCUUUCCAAGAUCGCUGAUCUUCAGCGCUGUCUCGUCCAGAAGGAUGCUGCCCUCAGCAAGCUGGAGGAGAGACUCCAUUCAUCCAAGCAAGCUUCCUACGAUGGUACCUUUCUCUGGAAGAUUACAGAUGUCCACCACAAGUCCUACGAAGCUGUAUGCGGGAAGAUGCCCAGCUUCCAGUCCCCAGCUUUUUACACUUCCAGGUAUGGUUACAAACUAUGCAUGAGGAUUUACCUGAAUGGGGAAGGGAGAGGCAAAGGAUCGCACGCCUCCCUCUUUCUGGUGCUGCUCAGAGGGGACUACGAUGCUCUGCUCCAGUGGCCUUUUGCACAAAAGGUCACGUUGAUGCUGCUCAGUCAAAACAACACCGAACAUCUUGUGAACACGCUCCAGCCAGAUCCGGCAUUGCCUUCCUUCCAGAGGCCAGUGGCAGAUAUGAACGAAGCCAGUGGCUUUCCAAAGUUCAUCUCUUUGGCUAAAUUGCAGUCACCAAAAUAUGCCUAUAUAAAAGAGGGCACCAUUUUCCUCCGGUGCAUCACCCAAACCUGUCCAUGAAUCUUCCUCCUGGUGGUUUGAAAGCCAUGGCUGGUAGGAAAGCAAAACAUUGGAACAUCUCAGAGCUUGGUCAUGAAUCCAUUCGCUAAUAGUCAAGACUGUAUGAAAGAGCUGAUACUGGUUGAGAUGAAAACAGCAGUUGGCGGAUAUGGAUCAAAAGAAUUGGCAAUGGUUUUGGACUCUCCAUGGGAGCAUGGCUAUAGAGGGACUCUCACAACCAAAAUUGACCAUACCAAUAUUGAUAAUGUUGCAUGAUUAAGAAGGCGGCUUUUCAGCUCCAUCAGGGUAGAUUUUGCCCCUGCAAAAGGCUUGGUUUGCCCUCCACAGUCAUUCCUCACAUUGAAAGGGUACAGCUACCGUACGAAACCAUCUGCUUCGGGAUGAACCUUGUGCUUCCAGCUUCCUUGCCUCUAAUCUCUGUCUGUGUGUCACGAGUUAAGUUUCUAGUCCAGUGUGUGGAAGAAAGUUGUCUGUCUUGUUUUAAUGUCUAGCUUAAAGGUUCCCUUCCAUCUGCAAAGGAAAGUAAAGAGCGUAUGCUGCAAGGUGACAAAAGUGCCACUUUUUGUCGACGUGCCAUUCUUGUAAAUGGUUGUAAAUGCCAGAUUGCAAAGCCAAGAGGGGAGAGAAAAGUUGUGUUAUAUUUUUUGUCGGGGUUGCAACAAAAGUUAUGUUUUGUUUGGGUUGUUGGGAGAUGUCUAGUUCCAGGGUUAAGAAAGUGCAGCCCAUGGGCCACAUGUGUCCCUAUCUUCUUCUUAGGGUUCCCACGGCCCCUGCUACCCACAAG